AUGCAGCGUGCAUGGUAUUCAUCCAAAGCUUGGCUUCAGCGACAGGCACGCGAUCCCUAUGUGAAGGCUGCCAAAUCCAAUCAAUUCCGAGCAAGAAGUGCAUUCAAGCUUAUCCAACUUGAUCAAAAGUAUAAACUCAUACGACGAGGCAACGUCGUGGUGGAUGUUGGUGCUGCACCUGGUGGAUUCACUCAAGUAGCUGUUAACAAAGGUGCCACAGUGAUUGGUGUGGAUUUACUUCCCAUUGAACCUAUUCCACAUGCACAUUUGAUACAAGGCGACUUUACACAACCAUCAAUACAAAAGACCAUCAUGGAUGCACUCCAAGGACGACCAGUGGAUCUCGUAUGUUCAGAUAUGGCUCCAAGCUUCUCGGGUAAUCAUACAGCAGAUCAUGCAAGAUCCAUGGAACUUUGUGAAGCAGUAUUUGCAUUCGCUGAAACAGUACUUGCUCAUAACGGCUCAUUGGUAACCAAGGUAUGA